AUGGUUCUUCCAAAGAAAAGGAAAUCGAUGCUCUCGCAGGAAGAGAGAAUCUCAAGACUCAAAGAAUCGAGAUUGAAGUACAGUCAUCUGGGAAAACCGAAGAAUACGUCGCUGAGUCUGAGUCGGCCGGAUCCCCUUUCCUCCUCCACUUCCACAAUUCCGACGGCUUCCCGACCACUGCUAAAACCGACGGUCCCUCGCAAUUCGAUUAAUCCGAGAUGCGCUCUCCCACGGCCUUCCAUUGCUCCGAUUGUGACGAAGAAAUUGAAUUCACGUGAUGCAGACAUUGACUUCGAAGUAGAUCCGAGUUCAAUGGCAAUGAUACAAAGCGGGAGGGUCACAAUUCCGAUGAACCGGCCGUCCAUCAGUGCUUCCCGACAUACAAUCGGAUCCAGACAAUCCUUUGUUGGACGACAGUUCAGCCGAUUUGUUAGUGUUUUCUGAGAUUGACCAUAUCAACCAAUUGUUUUCAGAGAGCUUCCAUCGCCCAAGAGCCACGUGUCAGCCUUCUGCCACUUGGAAUCAACGUGUUCGAAGCGAAUGCCACUCAGAGAUCAGAGGUUAGUGGAAUCGUUGAGAAAAAUUCGAAACGUAUUAGUUUGCAGGUAUCCGAGUUUCUCAGCAAUAUGCUGCCAGGCACGACGCCUGCGAAACCGAACACCGCCACUAAUUCGGCCGCGUCUACAAGCGUAUUCAACGGUUUACUGAACUCAACUCGUCAACGGAAAAUUCGUUUCAUGGAUUCGGCGAUUCAGGAAGUGCGGGAAUCUGCCGAAUCGGCCGAAGUGGCUGCUGUUUCCACUUCCGUUCAUCACAGCCCCACUUGCGACACUUCCUUCAUGCCCACUUCCAUUCUGUCGACAAAAAAAAAAGAUCGGAAGGUAAAUUUCGUUUGAAUGCUGACCGUUAUUCUAAUUGGUUUUUUCAGACAGAAUGCCCGGUUAGGACACCGAGAAAGAGAAUCACAUUCGAUGAUGAAGAAGAAGAAGAAGCAGACGGAAAAGGAGAAGACAGAACUGCCAGACAGACAGAAACAGUUUCGAAAGACGUUUUGAAGAUGGAAAAAGCCGUCGCAUCUCUUUCUAAUCGAAAACUGAAUGAAUCUGAAACAAUUCGAGUGAAAUCUGCAAUUGAAAAGCUGAGAAAUACGUUGGAGCAUCAGGAGAACGCGAAAGAAGACAAAGAGGAACUGGAAGAAGAAUUCAAGUCUCCGGAGAGGAAGCGCGCUCCGAGCGCAUCAAUUCCGAUAACGCCGCUCAGAAACAUUCUGAACUCGAUUGUCAUUGAGGAGUACCCGGACGUGGAAGAAAGAGAGGUCGAAGAGCGAAAAAACAAGAAACGCAGAAGUUCGAAGAUGAAAGUCGGUCGCCGAUCGUCCCGCAGUGGCAAAAAGACGCAAGAAUCUGAAUACAUUGACUGA